CCAGAGCUGCAUGUCAGCCGCGUUCUACAAGACACUCUUUUUCGAAAGCAGGCCAUGCUCUGUCUUGUGUUUGUAGAGUUGUCGGCCAUGUUAGGUUGGUGAGGCAGGAAGACAUGGUUUUCGUAAUGCGUUGAUCAGGCUUUGCAUGCUUUGGCCAAGGAAUCUUCAGCGACAUCAUCGAAUGGCGAUCGAAAUGAAGGAGCAACCAUUCUGGGUUUCCUUGCAGCCAGGAGAUGCUCCUUGUCAAUCUGUCCGCCAAGCAACCAAAAUUUGGCGUCCCCUUUCCUCAAUCAAACUCCAAAUUCUGGCCGUAUCCCUACGAAAAGAUGAGCUGGAGGGUCCUGAGACCCACGCCCUUGUACCUGCUUUGUGCUUGGCACUGAUGACUUGUUACUUGCUUCCAAUUACGGCAAACCAAACCGCUUUGACUUUCCACAUGAAACAUUUUUCUCAAAACCCUUCUUGGCUGUGAUCACAUGGUGGCUUGAGGAUGCUGCGCGCAGCGCUUCUCGGAUGACCUCCUAAGCCAACCUGAUGGAAUCAUGUCCUCAUACGAUGUUGUUGACCCCUGUGACUGAUGGGCUGGUAUGAAUGUUUGGGCCAUCUUCAUCCCACCGGGCUGGUGGCAUUCGAUCCGCACCUUCCGUCCUGACAGCAGAUCUGAUGGACUGCCCUUCGCGUUGAGCAUGAACUUCUGGUACGAGCUAUCAGCGGAAGCGAAGGCAGCGCAAAGUGCGGUGCUGAUGACCCUGGAGAUCCUCUCUCGGCAACGAGCUGUGGCUGGAGUGCCAGAGGAGCACAUCAAAGAGCUUUUGGAGCGGCUGGGGGUAGACGAAGUGGAGAUGGAUGAAGAUCGUCCAAGCCACUUCGAGAAGGUCGACUAAUCCUCACGAACCGAGCAG